UCUCUCUCUCUCUCUCUCUCUCUCGGGGGUCCUUUCUCUUCUCUAUUUUUCCUUGUAUCUUGUUGGGUUCUCCCCCCUUUGUGUUUUUCUUAUUUCUUUUCUUGGGUCUCUCUCUUUUGUUUUGUUGGGUCUUUUUACUCAUUACCCAUUUCCUGUUUCUUUUGCUGCUCUCUCUCUCUCUCUCUCUCUCUCUCUCUCUCUGUUUUUUUCUUGUUUCUUUUGUUGAGUCUCUCUCUCUCAUCAUCUACUUUUUUCUGCUUCUUUUGCUGGGACCCUUCUCCUGUUAUUAUUAUUUCUUCUACACACGGCAACCUCACUCCACGCCUCCACUCUCUCUCUCUCUCUCACUUUCAUCUAUCUCUCUGCUUUAUUAGUAGGGUGUGAGAUGGCAGAGGAUUUAGACGACGGAGAGUUCUGGCUUCCUUCCCACUUCCUAGCUGACGAUACCUUCAUGGAGAAGAAAAACAGAGCUGCUGCUCAUGAUAACUCUCUCUGCUUUCCUGACGAGUUCCCUUACUGGUUCGGCUCAGCACUGAGUUCGCCUGUCGAGUCGGUUGUCGGCUCCACUGAGACCGAGAGCGACGAGGAGGAUUACCUCGCCGGGUUGACUCGGCAGAUGGCCCAUACCAUGUUGCAGGAAGAGGAGAAACUCGGUGCUUUCCCAGCAUAUGGGAAGGAGAACUCUAACACGAAGGUCUUAGCUAGUUCCCCACAAUCGACGCUUUGUGCAGUCGGGAGCUGGUCUGGAUGUAGCCACGGGUCGAGCCGUGGAAGCUCUAACGGUCCAUCACAGGUAUCAUCGCCGCCAUCCACACCUUUGGAUCGAAAAGACGACGCUUGGGAUCUGCUUUACGCUGCAGCAGGCCAGGUUGUGAGAAUGAAGAUGAACGAUGAGGUGCCGAAGUUCCAAGGUCGGGGGCUGCUUGGUCCCCCAAGAAAACCAGCACCACCGGCAACAUCUGGGCCGUUGAAAACGCCAUGCGCCGGGUACUACUCCAAUCAAGUUCUUGCCCACCAGCAAAUGCAGAGUUCCCAGUUUCAGCAGCUGAAGCAGCAGCAGCAGCUGAUGAAGCAGCAGCAGCAACAACAACAGCAAUGCUCAGUUUGGGGAAGACAGGAGAAGGUCGUUCAACCCCAACAGCAGCUUCAGAGUAGAGCGAGUGUCGGUGGAUUUGGGAAUGGAAGAAGUGGAAGGCCCUUAGGUUUAUCUUCCUCUGCAUGGCCGCCUCUGCAGCAGCAGCAACAACAACCGCAGGCCGGUUCGGGGAUGAGAGCGGUGUUCCUUGGAGGUACCGGUUCAAGAAGGGAGUCUUGCGGAACCGGCGUUUUUCUUCCAAGGAGAGCCGGCAAUCCAACCGACACAAGAAAGAAGCCAGCUUGCUCGACCGUUCUUCUCCCAGCCAGAGUCGUCCAAGCUCUGAACUUGAAUCUCGAUGAAAUGGGCACUGCUCAGCCUCGCUUCCAAGGAGGGGCCUUUCUCCAUCAUCUCGAUCAUGAAGCAAUGGUAGCAGCUCGAAGCAACCCCACCCUUCUCACUCAGCAGCAGAAGCGCAACAACAGCAACAUCCGCCCCACUCCCAUCAUCAACACCAACACCAGUCACCAUGAAAUCCGUCUCCCUCAGGAAUGGACUUAUUAGCCGUUGUUCUUUUCAUUUCUUCACUAGAUCUCUCUUACUGAUGUAUGAUGGGUUUUUGAAGAUUAAAAAAAACAAAAAGGAAGGAAAAAAAAAAAGAAAGCUUGAAUAGGAGUAGAAAUUCUAUAUUCGAUUUGGGAAGAAAAAAGGAAAAAAAAUGGAAAGAAAUGAGAAGAAAUAAGUCCUGUUUUUUCUUUUUUGGAGGUGGAAGGUGUUGGGAAAAUUGCAGAACAGAAUGGAAAGUAAGGAGUGGCGUUUUUGUAAUAAGUCAGUCUCCGAAGGGGUGGUUUUUGGUUUUAAUCCUCUGGCCUCUGAAGUUCCUUUUUGAAAUCCCAGAGUAGGGGAGAAACCCCAGAAUAAAAGAAGAAUCUCUGUUUUCUUUUUUGUUUUUGGUUGUGUUAUGAUGAUGAAGGUGCACCAAAGCUUAUGUAAUCCGCUAUGUACUGUAUAAUUAAAGGAAGUGGUAUUCGUUAAUACCAGAGCGGUUUUCUUU